GAUCGAUUCGUGGAGGGGCUGGCGUGAACGCACGGGAUGUUUCAAUGCGCACGGUUUCCGAUUGGGGAAGCUUGCGCUUGUGGCCUCGUAUGGGGGCUGCCAUGUUGUUCAUCCACAUUGGUCUGUCUAUAGCGUCGUGAUGUAUUGCAUGGCUCUUGGUUUUUGGUAUGCGGGGGUUCGUCUGCAUUCACCUUCGCUCUCCCGUGUGCACUGCAGAUUGUCAGCUGAGUACGUGGCAAAAUGUUGGAAGUUCGUGACAUUCCCAAUGUCCCGCUGUCCCUGGAUGCUGGCAAGUUCCGCGCGAAAAUUUACUGCUUCUCAUCGCUGUCUCGUGAAUGGCUCAAGCACCCUUUGGGUGCUCGCCCUCCAGCCCUGUCUGGCCCCCCAUCAGGUGGCACUGUGUGCAUUCUCCGUUUGAGUGCUGUUGUGUUGUGCAUUGUCAGUUCGAUUGGGAUUGGGUAAGAGAUUUGGGUGAUCCGAGAGCGUGGGACAAUGAGCUCUGUGUUGAAGUCGCUGCAAGAACUUCGAAUGUCCACGCGUUUGCGUUCCUCGUGGCCCAUGUGUAAAUAACGGGUGUUGUGCAUUUCGCUUAAUGUGAUAGCCGGUGUGAUUUCGAGUGAUGCGUUCAGGUGCCAGAGGGUUGCGCGUGAUAUUUGCCAAAUUGUAGUGGAGGGUUGUGGUUUGAAUAUGGCAAUGUCGGUGCCGCCAUUCAACAGGCCACCCUCCCUGACGAUUGGCAAGAUUACCAAGGGAGCCGUGAUGUCGAAGGCACUCGCAUGGAUCGAGUGGUUGAUAUUUGCAGUGCAGAUUGCUAUGCGUGCCUCCAGUCUGGAGCAGUGAGUGUCGCAUCGAGUCGUGGUUCCCCCGUGUUGCGUCUGCAGGACGUCGUGGAUGUGUGAUAAAACCUGGUCUGGCUUGCAAUGUGAAUUCAUACUGUGAGCUCGAGGGAAGACACGGCAUGUUAUGUGUUUUGUAGCUCCCGCAAGCGCCGUGCGGCCCAGGCCAGACAGGUUGCGGUCCACAAGAGUGACAGCCGAAGAUUGGAGGAAGAGGCGCGACGGAUGGAAGCGAAGUUGGAGGUACUUCGCCGGACACUGGACGCGCCCUCCGGCAAGGGCGUUACUUCUGUGAACGGUGCAGACGGUGGGAGCAGGUGGAAGAGCGCUGGAGUUAGCAAGCCGCUCACCAAGGGCUACGUGAAGACCGUGAUGGAGGCCAAGCCCCCGGGCAGGCCGCACGGGGAGCGCAGGACCCCCGGCGGGAGCGCGCCGGGCAGCGGCAGAGCUUCGCCGAGGAGGGAGCCGCAGGAGGCCCCGUCGGCCCCGGCCCCUGCGCUGUGCGACCUCGUGCCGCUGGCGGCGGUCGCCCCCGCGCAGCCGCCGCCCGCGCAGGCCGG